GCAUGGAUUGUGCUGCGAAUUACUGUAGUACGUUCCGUUGCUUGCCGCCAAGCUCCGAGCACAACACCCGAUGGACGAAGCCUGCCUCAGUUCCGUCUGUAGGCAGCUUCACGCAAUCGGGUACCUCUGACAAAGUUGCCUCCCUAGCCACGGAAGCUCACCAAGGCAAGGUAAGUAGCUAAUGGACGUUGGCCCUACUCCUCGCCUCUUCGCCGUUUUGUCAAAGCCAAAACCAAAGCCAAUGGUGCCUACAUAUCGAGCCCCCCAGCUCGCCGACCGCUGCGGGUGUGUAGCCUCGACUAGACACGGGCAUGCAAGCAGAGUAAGGGGCAAAGCCCACUGUACCUCAACGAUAUUUCGCAUCUCGAUAUUUCGCAUCCCGGUUGUUACGAUCGCCAUUGGAAGCUUCGGUUGUUGCGAUUGCCGCCCUCGUCUUCCGCAACGCCGGCAGUGGCACAAGCAAGACCGGAAUUUGUCUCCCUUUACCCCUCCAUCCCGUUCCGUCAGGACCACCGUGCCCCUCCUGCCCCUCCUUACCUACAAGGUACCUAGCUAGAUACUUCGGAACGUACCUUAUCCCGAAAAAAGAGCACCUAUUAGUCAUCCGAGUUGCCUGCAACUUUCUGGUCCUCCAAGCUAUGCCUGCAGCCAACAUCAUCGCUGCAUGCGCGUCGGCAUGUCGACCUCAUCAGCUCCGAGCUCGCUCUUCAACCUCGAUGCGCUCUUCGACAACCCGUUAUUUGCAGGCGGCAUCGGCCUAGCCUCCCUAGGCGCCGCCGCGGCGUUUGCCCGAAAAGGCGCCAUCGUUGCCCUUGGCGCUGCUCGCCGCCGCUUGCUCGUCAACGUCGAGAUCAGCAAGCAAGAUCCGGCCUACCCAUGGAUCCUCGCAUGGCUUUCGCAGCCGCGUGAGAACCCGGGCUUUCUCGCAUCGAGGCUCACGCGAAUACACAAUCUCUCGGUGACGACAACGACCAGUUCCCGCGGCGCCAACCUCGGCGGACCUUCCAACGCUCACUUCUUUCUUCAACCUGGCUAUGGACGGCAUAUCGUCAAGUUUGGUGGCGCGUAUAUCGCCGUCAACAGGGAGAAACAUAGCACGGCCAACAUGAACACCGGAGAGCCUCACGAGAUAGUACAGUUGACGACGCUAUGGGCUCACCGGCAUGCCUUUGAAGCAAUCUUCUCCGAGGCCCAUCAGCUUGCUGCCAAAGCCAACGAAGGCAGAACGAUUGUAUAUGCUGCGCGAGGCAUGGACUGGGCGAGCCUUGGUGAGCCGAGGAAGAAACGCCCGCUCGGCUCUGUGGUGCUUGAUGAAGGCGUCAAGGAGAGUAUUGUUACCGAUGUCAAGGACUUUCUGUCGAGACAACAAUGGUAUGUCGAUCGAGGCAUCCCAUAUCGAAGGGGCUACCUCCUUUUUGGGCCACCCGGAAGUGGGAAGAGCUCUUUUAUCCAGGCCCUUGCUGGAGAGCUGGACUUUGGGGUGGCCAUGGUCAACCUCAGCGAGAUGGGUAUGACGGACGACAAGUUGGCCUACCUCCUCACGAAGCUGCCCAAGAGGAGCCUGCUCCUGCUCGAAGAUGCUGAUGCGGCCUUUGUGAACCGUCGCCAGCGCGAUGCCGACGGCUACUCGGGUGCCAGCGUCACAUUUUCGGGCUUGCUCAACGCGCUAGACGGCCUCGCCGCCGGUGAAGAACGCAUUGCCUUCCUGACCACCAACCACAUUGAUCGCCUCGACCCGGCAUUGAUUCGGCCAGGUCGGGUUGACAUGAUGUUGCGACUCGGCGAAGCCACCAAAUAUCAAGCUGCGCAGAUGUGGGAUCGCUUUUACGGGGACGUUGACAAGGACGGCUCUGGGCGCGAACGCUUCUUGCAGCGACUGGAUGAGCUGGGUCUUUUCGGAACAGACAGGGAAGGGAAGCCGUCCAACAGGCAUACCAGUACUGCGGCAAUCCAGGGUUUGUUCUUGUUCAACAAGAAUGACGCUCAAGGAGCCAUUGACAUGGCCGAGGGUCUGAUUCCUCGCAAAUUUGAAGCCGAGGACACAGUCCCUGACGGUGCAAUAAAGACGCCGCCGUGAAAGACGUUGGCAGCGAAUGCUGGGCACCAUAUUGCCUCGCGACCUAUGCUAAUACUGCUUGUACAUUAUAUGCAGAGAUACCCUUGCUAUCUGCCCGGUGUUUGUGGGAAUCAUUACGGCAUGUGCUUAGAUGGACGAGGACUGCUCGGGCUCGGAGCGGAUAUAUGCGAAGUUAUAAGUUCCCAUGAGUGUAUGUAUAGAAAAAGGUAGACAGCUCACCCCGGACAUGGAUUCCAUGCAAACAAUACGAUUGUCGCGAAAUGAGCCGAUCGCGGAGGGAAGCUGUGAAGUUAGCUCAAGCCUUGGGUC